AUGCCAGUUGAAGUAGUGGGUACAACAGAAAAGAAUGAAGGACGAAGAACUGAUGAAGUGGACGACAGAUCUGAAGAAGAAAACGGCGCUGAUGAUCUGAAAUGUCUUGAUUGGCUUGUCAAUUACAGAUUACCUGAAUACUUUGCUUUUUUGGAUGAUCCAUUUCACCAGUUCACUGAGACGAAUCUCUUUCGCAAUCCUAACAAUGGAUCUGUCUCUGAAGAUUUCAUGCGUCGCGAAGAUAAAGAACAAUUAGAACAAGUGAUUUGUGACACGUUGAUAGAGGAACGUUUGACCAAGAAGUGUUCGCUGUUAUGUUGGAUAUAUCGUGUACUGGCCACUUCACCGAAACGCCAACUUUCUCUGAACGAUAUAUAUCAUCGCUUUCUUAUUCUAAAUUCUAACCAUGGAAAACUGUUACCAAAUUGGAAAUUUUCUGUUGGAGAAACACUGCUCACUUCUAAGUGCUUCGUGUACAAGCAUUCUCUGUGGUCAAUUAAUGCUGACUUUGCAUUAAAAUACGAACGUGCUGCUCUUGAUCAGGGGCUUUCGCAUCGCUGUCCACCUCCUUUUGCUUCAACAUAUGAAGUCCUUGAUACUUCCAGAAAAAGGUGCCUUGUUAUUGUGCACAGGGAAGAUUGUCUUUGA